AUGAUGAAAAGAUUCCACCCCCUGAGAAUUCAGGUUCGUCUGAAGUCCGAUUACCCACUGCUUACUUUCGAACAAUUGCUCUCCACAAAUGGAAUAAAAAGAGGCCAAACUGCGAGAAUUUCUUUGAGAGAUUACAUAGAGUGGCAAAACUUCCCUAAUAUAAUGAAAAGAGAAAACUUUUUUACACAAAAAAAGCCUGUUUCUAUAACAACAAAAGGAGAUCCCUUUUCAUUUGAUAACAUUCUCGACUGCGACCCACUAUUUAGCAAGUGCCUUGCCAAAUGGCUACUGGUCAAUUACAAAUUAAAUGACUAUCCGUAUUACGACCUCAACAUUGUGAAUAUUUACACAGAUUUACCUCAAGCGAUCCAGAUUUGCAAAAACCUAAUGUCAUACCUAAAGUCGACGUUAUCUGAUAACAUGUUCCAGAAAAUAAAAUAUUUCAUGAUACCUUUAUACAAGUGUGACAAAGUACCGUCAAGGCUUUUGGACGGAAUACCUGGAUCGGUCAGUUUGGUACAAGAGUAUCCGGUAUCCCCAUAUUUAUUACAGAAGAACUUACACAUAGAGGACCCAAUUCAAAUUUUGAUGCUAAACGAUGUUAUAAAAUACACAACCCACGAUUUAGUAAGGUACUCCUCGGAUGACGACACUUGGCAACAAUGCUUUGUCGGCGUCAAUGAAAAUGGUCAAAAGACCAAGAGCUUUGAUAGUGCUAUUGACUAUUCAUGUAAACUUGCAUUAGAACAAAUGUUUAGUGAUCAAUCCCAUGUAAUUUCUGAUAAAGAGCUUUAUAUUCCCACUAAAUUAAUUGAGAUACUGACGACAAUUAAGAAUAAUAUUCCAGAACAUAGACUUUUCAUUGUAGACGCUCCGCAAAGAUCGAACCCAACAAUAAUAUCACUCUUAAAGAGCUUAAUAGGCACACGGCCGACAGGGUCCAGCAAGAUAGUACAACCAUAUUCGGAUUCAAUUUUUUCAGAUAAACAAAAUGGAAGAAUAUACUUCAUGACGGACUUCUUACAGCUACAGAACAUUUAUAAUGAAAUUAACAGUUCUUCUAGUAGCUGCGAAGUCGAAGAAAUUGCCGAUUUUGUUGAAAGAUGGAUAAGCCCUAGUGAGAGAAGUACACGCCCGUUGUCGAAUGGAAAUAAGCCUCAGUUAGAAGACAUAAAAAAUAGCUCUUUGGCGGUACUACACUCCACCUAA